UCUGGGACGGGCUCUAUCGCGUGCUUCCCCGACGCCGCGCGGAACGACACGGAUUCGUCACAUAGUCCGCCUUUAUCUCCUUCGGCGCAGCAGCCUUUUAAAAUCCAUUUUAGGUGUUUCGGUUUCUAGAAAAGCUUUUCCAACUACUCAGCCGCCGCCGCCAUUUUUCUGCUUCGUUGUUUGCCCCUCCGUGUGCGGAGAAUAAAGAGGGGGGUGACAUGUACAACGGCAUUGGGCUGACCACCCCCCGCGGCAGCGGGACCAAUGGGUAUGUUCAGCGCAACCUGUCCAGUGUGAGGGCAAAGCGCACGCGGGAUGAGCGGGGUGCCGAACGCGACGAGAAGGACCGCGAGCGCCUGGAGAGCCAACUGAGCCGGCAGCCCAACGCUGAGAUCCUGGAGCACCAGAGGAAGAGGCAACUGGAGGUCAAGUGUGCAGAACUACAGGACAUGAUGGAGGAGCAGGGGUAUUCAGCGGAGGAGAUUGAGGAGAAGGUGAGCAGUUUCCGGCUGAUGCUGCAGGAGAAGCAGGAGCCACCACCCACAGCCACCGAGAAGCCAGUGGUCACAGAGACACACGCCUUGGCUGCCGCCAAUCAGCAGAAGAACAACCGUCUGCGUGAAGCGUUUGGCAUCGCCUCAGACUACGUGGAUGGCUCCUCCUUCAAUCCAGAGCGUCGGGAGCGAGAAAAAGAGAAGCGGGAACAGGAGCAGCAGCUGCAGCAACAGCAAAAAUAUGCGUUUGUCCCGGAGUCUGACAGCUCCACUGCAUCUCCACCAUGCAAGCAUGGCCGGAAGAGGAGGAGAAAGAAAAACAAGGCCAAGGAGAGCUCAGAGAGUCGGUCCCCCUCCCCUCGUCGGGAGAAAAAGAAAAGCAAGAAGAAGAAAAGGGAAGGCUCAGUGCAGAAGGACAAACGCAGUCCUUCUGAUGACAGGCGGCAGAAGAGGAAGAGGAGUGAGAAUGGAACUCCACCCCGGACCAAACAGCAGAGGAACAGGAGCCCAUCGUCAGACUCGGACCGCAGCCAAUCUCUAGUUCCAGAUAAGGAGGUACGACAAAACCAGCCAAUCAGGGGGGUCGAUGAGGGGAGAAAGGGGCGGUCUCCAGAUAGAAGGGGGAGAAGGCAUGAAGAGGACUUACCACAGAGGGCAGUAGGCAGAGAGAAAUCUCCUGAACGAGGCAGAAGAGGAGAAGAGCGGGACCGAGGAGAGAAGGAAAAGCCUCAGAGGAGAAGACAUGACUCCUCAUCGUCUUCUCUCUCUCCACCACGUGAGAGAUCCAAGCGGAUGAGGAGUGCAGAGAAAGAGCAUGUCAGACAGAGGGAAGCUUCUCCGCGAAGUGCGUCUGACAGAGAGAGGGAAAGAGGUAGACAGAGCGGCAGGGAGAGAAAUGCCUCUCCUAAAGAAAAGAGCAAGAGGGCCCCAGAGAGGGCGAGGGAGCCUUCCUCCUCUGGGUCAUCAUCGUCCUCGAGCUCGCCCUCACCAGUCAGAAAUGGGCGAGAGAGGGAGAGAGACCAAGAAAAAGAGAAGGAAAAACAGAACGUUUGGGAAAAAGAGAAGCAGAGAGAGAGGGAAAGAGUGGAACGGGAGAGGGAGAAGGAGCAUGCAAGGGAGCGGGAGAGGCAACGAGAGAGAGAGGAACGGGAGAGGCAACGAGAGAGAGAGGAACGGGAGAGGCAAUGGGAGAGAGAGGAACGGGAGAGGCAAUGGGAGAGAGAGGAACGGGAGAAGGAGAGGGAACGGGAGAAGGAGAGGGAACGGGAGAAGGAGAGGGAACGGGAGAAGGAGAGGGAACGGGAGAGGGAGCGAGAGAGGCUACGGGAGAGAGAAGAGAGAGAACAAGAAAUGGAAAGAGAAAAGGAGAGACGGAGACAGCAAGAGAAGGAAAAGGAGAGAGAGAGAAGUACCAACAGAAGCUCCCCUGCACCAGAGGAUGACCGGGAGCAGCCUCAACGGGCACAGAGGAUGGCUGGACAGCAGAGGGAAAAGCAGGUUAAGGAAGGCAAGGCCAAGAAAGGCAAGGUCGAAUCGAGUAGCAGCAGCAGCGACAGUGACAGCGACAGCUCCUCGUCAUCAUCAUCAUCGUCUUCCUCUUCCACAGACUCCUCUGCAUCCUCGACAUCCUCUUCAUCAUCAUCGUCAUCCUCUUCUGAUGAAGAUGAGAAGAAAGGUUCAAGAAAACAGAUGGUUAAAAAGACUAGGGUUUUAUCAGAAGUCACUGAAGAGUCAGGUGCUCCUCCUGAGCCCUUGCCUUCAGCUCCAGUCCUGCCCACCACAACUCCUCCCUCUGAAAAGGAGGUGCUGGAGGAUAGGUGUGGGCUGAGAAAAACUGGUAAAGAGAGAGGACAGUGGCACCCCCUGAUGGAGACAGAGGCUCAACCAUUGGGACAGAAGGGACGAUACUCCCCAACUGGAGGCAAUGCAGCAUCACCAGGGGGGUGCGUGUCCUCUCCUGCGGGCACUAGAAUCGAGGGCAGAGGAGCUGAGUGUUACUCUCCAACCUCCCCCUCCAAAGACGCCUCCCCUUCGCCUCCCGGCGAUGAUCUGAAUGAGGUUAGAGACCAGACCAAAAGCACCCGUGUAGACCGUCUGGCCGAUGGAAAAUAUCAAUACACCCCCCCAGAGGCUGAGAAGUCUCCUCACGUUGAGGUUGGGCGGACUGUGGAACGGGGGGGCGGAACCUCUGAAGGAAGAAGGGAGCGGCACGGCUCCUCUGCCUCAGCCUCACCUCCACGGCGCACCCCUCCCCUGCAGUAUCAGGAUCCCCCACGACAGUUCCGUCGGGCAUCUCGAUCAGCUAGCCCCCGCAGGCGGCUGCCAUCACCAAAUCGCAGAGACCGGGACAAAGAGGCCAACAGGGACAGGGAGAGGGACAGAGAGAGGGACAGGGACAGGGAGAGGGAUAGGAGGUACUCACCUGGUCCAGCCCGCAGAGACAGGGAUCGUGACAGAGAGCGGGACAGGGAUCGUGACAGAGAGCGGGACAGGGAUCGUGACAGGGAGCGGGACAGGGAUCGUGACAGGGAGCGGGAUAGGGAGCGUGACAGGGAUCGUGACAGAGAGCGGGACAGGGAUCGGGACAGAGAGCGGGACAGGAGACAAAGGAGAAGUCGAUCGAGGUCCCCGAGGAGACGCAGCCCUCUCUACAGGUACCAUUUCUGUCUGAUCUUGUGGGUGAUGUGCACAGCUGCGGAUGAGAGACUGCACCCUAAUCUAUCAUGUCUCCUUACCGACGCAGGAGAACCAGUCGCUCACUUUCCAGGGAGAGACAGAGAGAUCGAGAGCAAGAACGAGAGAGGAACCGAGAGCGAGAGAAGGAGACAGAGAAGCAGCUACAUGCUUUUAAAGACGCAAAGCCUCAGACUCCGGGAUCUCCAUCAUCGUCUUCCUCAUCAUCCUCUUCAGGCACUUCCUCAUCCUCCUCUUCUGGGUCUGAAAGUGAAGAGGAAACCGAGGGGAAAGGACAACCCAACACUGGAAGAAAGGAAGCAGAUACAGAGAAAGAAACAAGAGCUGAUCAGGAGGAAAGUGGGAAAGGAGGAGAUGGAGAGCUGGAGAGGGUGGAACUCAGCCGGUCACCUGUCCCCAGCGGUCAGUGCAGAGAGCUGAGCCUGGCUCAGUCACGCUCCAUCUCCCCUAAAUCUCCUCCCAUGCUGCUUUCUGGUUCCCCAGUACAUCCUUCAAUUGGUCAGAGUGGGCCUCAGGCUCCAUCCAAUGGGAAGCCAAAGAAACAGGAAGAGAAGGAGCAGCGUAAGAAAAACAGCAGUGGCUCCAGUUCAUCGUCCAGUUCCUCCUCCUCUUCCUCUUCAUCAUCUUCAUCCUCAUCUUCUGACAGCUCGGAUUCUGAGCCGGAGGAUGGGAAGGAAGAGUGCAGUACUGCUGUAGCGGGCUGUAGUUCAUCAUCGUCAUCAUCGUCAUCAUCUGACAGUGACAAAGAGGAGAAGCCAAAAAGCCCACCUCGGCGUCAGAGGGUGCCAGCUGAUUCACUGAGAGACUCGCGCUCUCCCAGCUACUCUCCCCCACCACGAGUGCGACGUCCUGCUCCGUCACCGCCCACACGCAGGAGCAAUAGAAGUGAAGAAAGCAGAUCAUCGAGCAGAAAAGAAAGCAAGUAGUUCCAGGAACGCCUCUGCAGUACAUUGUGGGCUGUGGUGGUUUCAUCUUGUGAGCCAUGUAGAAGUAUGGUGUGCUGGAGCAGGGACAGGCCUGGAAACGCAUAAUGCCAUUUGUUCUUUUUAGGAAAUAAUCAUUUUCUUUUUUUAUUUUAAUUUGGGACUGAAUUGGAUUCCCUCUGCCUACAGAUACAUUCAUGCUUAUGUGAUUAUAUGAACUGUACAAAGAUGAUUGAUCCAUGUAUACUAGCAACACUGAGAGCAACUGUUCAGUCAACCUUCUGACUUUAUACCUCCAGUCUUAUUGAUAUACUUCUGAGUAAUUUGUUUUUCCCACUGUCAGGAGGGGUGAGAUUUGUCUGUGAAUAGAAAUCUUGACUUUUGUUUUUCCUUUUUGUGAAAAUAUUAAAUAAAAAAAAAAUGCAAUUGUA